GACUGUUGCACCGGUAUUACGGCAGUUAUCGAACCGACGAGGGGCUGCCACGCGGCCGUUCCCUCUCCACAGAGCACGGACACGGUGAGAGACGAGUCACGGUCACCGACAGACACUUCGGACACCCGAGUUACCGUCGGAAACAGUCGCAGGUGCGCGCUCAGGAGGCGGACACGCGUCUCAGCGUGGCUGCAGGCUGCUGCUGCUGCUGCCGCCGCCGCCGGACUCGAACCGGACCGAAGGCUUUGAGGCUCGCAGACCGACGCCAUGAGCUCCAAGGUGUGUAAGAACUGCGGCAGCUCGGACAUCGAUGUGGACCAUGCGCGUGGCGAUGCAGUCUGUAUGGGCUGCGGCUCCGUGCUGGAGGACAACAUCAUCGUGUCCGAGGUGGAGUUUGUGGAGACGGGAGGCGGAGGGUCGCUGGCUGUCGGACAGUUUGUCUCUGCAGAAGCUGGAGCCAAACAUCCUUCUUUUGGAGACACACACCUGACGGGAAUGGGGAGGGAGUCCCGAGCUCAGACACUGCAGAGAGCCAAACAGCACAUCAACACUCUGGGUCACCAGCUGCAGAUGAACCAGCACUGUUUGGACACGGCCUUCAAUUUCUACAAGAUGGCGCUCAUCAAACACCUGACCCGCGGCCGUAGGGCCUCCCACGUCAUCGCUGCCUGCCUCUACCUGGUCUGCCGCACAGAGGGAACACCACACAUGCUGCUGGAUCUCAGUGAUCUCCUGCAGGUGAACGUCUACGUCUUGGGAAAAACUUUUCUCGUCCUGGCCAGAGAACUGUGCAUCAAUGCCCCGGCUAUAGACCCGUGCCUGUAUAUUCCCCGCUUCGCCCAGCUGCUGGAGUUUGGUGAGAAGAACCACGAAGUCUCCAUGACAGCGAUGAGACUGGUGCAGAGGAUGAAGAGGGACUGGAUGCACACGGGACGAAGGCCGUCGGGACUCUGUGGAGCAGCUCUUCUUGUAGCAGCUCGAAUGCACGAGUUUCGCCGCACCGUCAAAGAAAUCGUCAGCAUUGUGAAAGUGUGUGAGAGCACGCUGAGAAAAAGACUGACAGAAUUUGAGGACACGCCCACCAGUCAGCUGACCAUCGAGGAGUUCAUGAAGAUAGAUCUGGACCAAGAGUGUGACCCGCCUUGCUUUACAGCUGGACUAAAGAAGAAAAAGGCCCAGCAGCUGGAGAUGGAGCUGAAGAAAACGAUGGGUGAUGUUGAAGAUGAAAUUCACGGCUACCAGGACGAAAUAGAUGCAGAGCUUCAGAGCAGCAGACCCAAACUGAGAGGAGUGUAUGCCGCUUACGCUAAAGAAGACGGUGAAAAUGACGACGACGACGUCCUCUCCACAUCGUCUAAAAUGUCUGACGAUGGGGAACUGGAGGAGGAAGACGAGCUUCAGGCCGUGGCCAAGCACUUUGGCAAAGACCUCGGCGAGCUCACAGUGGAGGCUCUGAUAAAACUAGAACAGAAGAGUCCGGAGGAGGAGGACGAGGAGAACCGGGAGCAGGGGGAGGAUGUUCCAAUGCGAAAAUGCCCAUCGCUGGCAUCCAUCCUGGGUACAAUGCCCUCAGCAGCCACUCUGGGCCUCUCCGAGUCCAUCAGCAACUGCAUUGGAGACGAGAAGGAGAACGAUGGUGCUGCUGACAGUGGGGAGCUGGACCUGAGUGGGAUAGAUGACAGUGAGAUAGAGCUGUAUCUGCUGGAUGACAAAGAAGUCAAAAUCAAGACGGCGCUCUGGAUGGCGGAAAACUCAGACUACCUCAAAGAGCAGAAAGAAAAGGAGGCAAAGAUAGCGAAGGAGAAAGCGCUUGGGAUCUACAAAGAAAAGAAGCGAAGAGGCCCUUUGAAGAGGCGUCCCCCGAUCCGAGCCAGCACCGCUGACGAGGCCAUCGAGAAGAUGCUGGAGCAGAAGAAGAUCUCCUCCAAGAUCAACUACGAUGUCCUGAAAGACCUCAACAUCAAGCCCGGCGCCAGCCCGUCCCGCAAGGUCGAGUCCCCGAAGAAGGAGCCGUCUGCCGCCACGCUGACCGGACGCCACCGCAGACCUGCACGAGCUCCGCUCAGCCUCAGCACCCCGCUAAGCACCCUGGGAAAAAGGUUGCAGCCGUUCAUCACCGGACAGCCCAACAAGAAGCUGGCUGUGGAGCAGGUUUCUACCUCCAGCCUCUUGCCGGGGCCUGUGGGAGCCCACGCCAGCGGAGUGGUGGUGGAGAGCGGGCCGGUCGUCUACGAUGAUCCGGCUGCUGAUGAGGAAGAUGAGGAGGAGGAGGAGACCUGUGUCAGCGCCAUGGAGCUGAUGGGCAGCAACGAUUACGGCUGUGAUGGAGACUACGACGAUGGAUUCUAGCUGUGGGUUACCGAUCCCACACAGAGAGGACGAUUCUGAAGCCCUAACUGCAUCGAAUGUUUAUGACCGGGAACACAAAGUGGCUGCACAUCAGAGCUGUGACGCCCAGAGGGACGAGGAAUUCCCAUCAGGAAUAAACGGGACAGGCGUGCCAGAGAACAAAAGCUGGAAAAAUCUGACUCUGUGUCCCGUUUGUCACCUCGUCUGGAGGACACACAGCGUGGCUGCUGACAGAGCUGGAGAGGAGGACAUUGAAAAUCAAAGGCAGGAAGUACUUCAGAGCGCACAGGUGUUCAGACAGAAAACGUACAAAGGACUUUUCAGCAGCAUAAAAACGACUGUUUUAAUAUGAAGCUUUCAUUGUUAAAGAGUCGUUUAGAUGCUGGUGAAACAAAAACACAGAAGAAAAACUUAACAUAACAUUUAACCUCCUUUUAAUCCACACAUCUUUUGACCUGUAAAAUACCAAAUCAGAUGAGUGUCGACGUUUAUCUGCAGGACUCCGUGUUUUGAUUUCAAAGCUGUGUCCCUUCUUCAUGGUUAUGUUAAGAUUUUCAGGAAGACAGAAAACAUGAUCAUCUUUUCAUUCAUUUCAACACUCGGGUACUUACCACGGCGUAACUUUGAGUACUUCCUGCCAUGUUUGUGAGCUUCACUGUCCCUCAGCUGUAACACGUAAUUAAAACAAGCAUCUAUCAGUCAGGUAGCGUGAGAUCAAUCAUCAUUAUCAGAUGGAUAUUUAUUAAUGCCUUAGGUUAGUGGACAGACGCGUGCUGUCUGCUUCUCUGAAGCCAAAGUAUUUCAGUGUUGUGGCCUUUGAACAGUUUAAUCCCAGGUUUCGUGCCAAUGUUUGCAGAGAUGUUAUUGAAUUUUAAUUUUAAUAAUUUUCUAAGUUACUUUGAGGAAAUGAUGCUUGGAUUGGUUUUUAUUCUGCUGUUCAUUUGGUUUGAGCUUUUUUUUUCUUUAUUGUUUUGAGACUGAACCGAUUGUUUAUGAUUAAUUUAAUGAGACUGUGUCAUUGGAUUUAUGUUAAUGGUUCUUUAUGAUGUCCCGGGAUGUAAAUACAUUCUCUGCAGUGUUAUGUUUUCCAGACGAACGAGGAGCCCAAUCAGAGAAUGGAUCUAUUUUUUAUUUAAGCUUUUAUGAGUUUUGUUUUGGAAGAAUGAAAGUUUGGAGGUGAAGGAGCUUGUGGCCUUUUCACUGUGUCCACACAACAGAAUUUAACAUGACUGCCUCCGUGCUGCUGCUCUAAGUCAUGAUGUUACAUCUGUGUAUUGUUGUGUGAAUUUGCUGCUACAAUAAA